AUGUUUCAACGUAAGCUCAUAAAUGUCAACAAUACGAUCUCAAAUAGUACAAACCUGUCUUCUUUCACACUAUUGACGUAUAAUAUUUUGUCACAGUCUUAUAUGUGGCCUCAGGUUUACAAGUACGUUCCAGCAAAAUAUAAAAGUUGGGAAUAUAGACAUAAACUACUCGAAUAUGAGAUACUGAAGUUAUACAACGCUGACAUAAUAUGUUUACAAGAGUUGACAAGUCGGGACUACGAGUAUUACUGGAGGAAAAAGUUAUCUAAAUUUAACAAAGGGUCUGAUUUUAUUUGUAAGACACCUCCGAAAUAUUGGACAAAGGCAGCUGAUGAUCUAGAUGGUGUUGGUAUUUUCUAUAACUUGGACAUGUUUGAGCUGAUUGAUUCGAAUGGGAUUCGAUUAAGUGAUUUUUUAAUUUCAGAUUUUGAACAGCCGGAGCUUGAUUACUUAGCCUCUAGAAAACUUGUUCUGACUGAUGGAGAAGGCAGGCAAAUUAAAGUGAGUAAUAUUUUGGAUGUUUUGGAAGAGAAAAACCAAGUUUGUCUCUUUAUGACGUUGAAACAUAAGAGAACCGGUGCGACAGUUGUAGUUGUUACUACGCAUCUUUAUUGGAAAUACGAUGAAAUCAAGUUGACUCAAUGUAUGAUUAUUAUGAGACAAUUGUCAAAGAUAAUGAAGGAUCAGUUGAAAAAAGAUGGUAGUUCGUUUGUCAAAGUGUUAUUUGCUGGUGAUUUAAAUUCCAAUAGAAACUCAGUGGUCAUAAAUUUUUUGAAAGGACAAAUUCUAAAUAAUAACAAACUAAAUAUGUUGAACCCCAUGAGAGCAUACUUAAAUCGCACCAUAUAUGAUGACAUUCCAAACUCUACAUAUCUAAAUACAUGUUAUUCCGGAAAAUUGAAAGGUGUAUUUGACUACAUAUGGUACCACGACGCAGAGUUUCGAAUGACCAAGAUAUUAUCAGGCAAAGAGGUUUCACAAGAAUUAUUAGAAUUGGAACAACAUGGUUUACCGAAUGCUGACCAUCCGAGCGAUCAUAUCCCAGUCUUAGCUGAAUUCCAGAUUCUUUGA